AUGAGCCAGCAAGAGGUUGAGAUGCUCAAAGCUCUGAUACGGCAAAAGGAACGAGAGAGACUGGAGCUCGAAAGUCAGCUUAGCAAAGCCCAAUCCUCUGCCUCAACCACGGGCUUUGGGUCAGGCGCGGGGCUCAGCAGUCCGCAACAUCAACAACAAAAGCAACCGCAUCAACAGCAUCAACAGCCUGCAUUAUCAAUAUCCACAUUACGCCCUCACCCCCUCAAUGAGAAUGGAGUCAAUGGACCCUCAAGAAGCAGCACCAUGUCCCACCGUGCCACGCCUACUCUCGGUCUCAGUGCCAAGCAGGCUCGUCAGGACCACGGCCGGCCCAUGAAGCGCUCAAAAACCACCCAUGCCGCAGCAAACUCGGCGACGGCGUCCAUGGUGCGGUCAAGAUCAAGCUUCUCCAGCACAGCAGCCCAUCCUAACCCCAACCCAUUCGUCGCCAAAGGGACCGGGCCUAUCACGCCGCCAUGCCCCCCGCUCACCCGGAACAACAGUGUGCCUGUGGCUGUCCCGGGGGUUCUGAGUCAUUAUCUCAGUCAGAAUCAAUGCCAACAACCCUCGGGUGCCUUCAUUCAGGACAACUCUUCAUGUUUCCUUCCUGCAUAUGGGCAACCGCAACAUGUCGAGAUUGGUCGAGAGAUGGACCCAGCCGAAUUCCUUUCGAUGCACGAUGAGGACGAAUUUACCGGCAUUUCGCCUAUCAGCAUUCCGUCCGCUCACCUGCUCUCGCCGCUCGACGCAGGCCCGUACCCCAGCUCAAGUCUUCCGUCAACUUGCGGAUCCCUGACAUCGGCACCGACAAUAGAGACAGCCAUGUCAAGAUGCAACAGCACGAUGAACGACAAUGCAUCUAUCUCAGGCCAGUUCAGUGAAAUGGUCAGGAUACAGUCGCAACAGUCGGCACGCAGUCAUGCGAGACAAGACAGUCUAGGCGGCUACAACCAGACUACCAAUCACCCACCCUUACUCGGGAAGCGUUCGUCAGCAGGGUCGGAAUUUGUCUCGAGGCAGGCCAACCCGUACCCGUAUCCUUAUGCUUCCUCAGCUCCCGCCGAGUCAGGACUAUCACAGCAUCAGCACGCCAUGCAGCAAUCCCUAUCUCAAGAAAGCAUCCAGUCAGCUUCAUCCGUGGACAUGUCCCCUGAGCAUGACACGACUGCAGCAUUUCUCAGCCAGCACCUCUCCAUGGAGCGAUCUGUCUCCAAGGACAGCAUCAGAUCCAACUCGUCCCUGAAGCAUCGCGCCAAGGAAGCCCUGGCCCGGCAGAACGGCAAUGCCGCCAAGUCUCGCCAUCUCCAGCCCAAACCGGCUGUCGACCCUACUAAGCCCACCCCCGCCGAGCCUGCCAGCGGGGGCAAGGGGAAAGACGGCAAGGCGGUCAUCGCCAAGGCCAAGUACGAGCGCCCCAAGCACCCAAAGGUCAUGUGCAACCAGUGCAACGACCACCCGGAGGGCUUCCGGGGCGAGCACGAGCUGCGCCGGCACACCGAGGCCAAGCACAAGAGCAUGGUGCGCAAGUGGAUCUGCCGCGACCCGGCUCUCGCGGGGAUCCCCCACUCCGAGACGGCCGUCAAGCCGUUGAAAGAUUGCAAGCAGUGCUCGGCCAACAAGCAGUACGGCGCCUACUACAACGCCGCCGCCCACCUCCGGCGCACCCACUUCAAGGUCAAACCCCGCAAGGGCGCAAAAUCAGGUCCCGGCGGCGGCGGCGGGCCAGAUGAGGAGCGGGAAAAGCGCGGAGGCAAGGGCGGUGGGGAUUGGCCGUCUAUGAAUGAGCUCAAGAACUGGAUGAUUGAGGUCACGGUGCCCAUGGACCAGGCUGGUGCGCUGGUGCCGGAUCUGGAUGGGAACGAGUCGGUCGGCGCGCCUGAUCCGGAGGAUUAUGAGAGUGAGUUUGUUGAUGCGGGAGUGUACGGCUCGUCACAACAAAUGGCUCUCCCCGUGGCGGCAGUGGGUGCUGAUGGGCAUGGGCAUGGCUACGACCUCAUGGCGUUUGCCGGCGUCGGCGGCGGGCUGCCGUUGAAUCCCGAGCUGGACAUGGCCGCCGCCAACAACAUGAACUUGAAUGGCCCGCUGCCGGGCUUGCCGGGGGGCGAGUUGGACUCGUCGACGUUCUUGCUCGGCCCGGGCGGUCCACCGUUGCAUCAGCAGGGAGGCGUCCCGCUCUCGGCUUCAACUUUUGGAAGCUAUGAGACUGGCUUGCCGUCGUCGGUGAAUAUGAUGAGCGUCGGCGUUGAGCAAUACAGCCAGUCUCUGUCGUCGUCGUCGGCGUCCACUGCUGGGCAUGGGAUCACCUAUGCCAACCUUAUGCAUGUCCAGGGCAUGCACCCGCACCCGCACGAGCCCGGCGACGACCUGCCUGAUCUGCCGUUUGAGCUUACCUUUGCUGCUGGAGGGCAAUGA